GCAACUAUCUUCAGACUUUGCGAAGUUCAAAAUAAAAAUUAUUUAUAAUAAAAUAAAUAUUUUCCUUUAACUAUUUAGCACUAUAUUAGAACAACUAAUCCCUUAAUUAUUUAUAUUUCUUGUCUCCCUUUUUAUAGUUUUAAUAAUACUAACUAUAUCAAUACCGCGUUGGUCUUUUAAGUGCAUCAUGCAGCCCUAUGAAAACAGAAACAUACCUUGUUCAAACGUCAGUGGGCACUUUGUGUGCAAUUAAAUAGUGUAUGAAACAUUUAAUAAAUAGAAAUGUAUCAUUUAAUAUAGUAUAUAAGUACUAAUAAUGUAAUGAAUAUAGUAUGUAAUGUAACGAACUUUCCAACGUAUAUCGUUGCUAAAGAAGUAUAAUUACAAUUUUGAGGUUAUUCUGUAUAAGAGGUUAAGUUCUAUCAAAGCAUUAUUAUACAUAACUUUCAGGGUAGUUGAAAAUUGCUCCAAAUUACUGCUUUCAAGUUUUAGGUUUACAAUGAAGAGGUCACACUCUCGACGGGAUAGAGAUGAUUAUGAACGUCCUAAACAUCAUUCAAGAGAUGAUAAUCAUGAAAAGGAACGAGAACGUAAUCGAGACCGAGACCGGGACCGGGAUAGAGAAAGAGAUAGGGAAAGAGAUCGACAUUAUAAUGAUAGAUAUAAUAGAAAAAAUGAUCAGAAAAGAAAUUAUGAUGCUGAAGAAUCAAAUACAGAAUAUCGAUCGUACAAACGACAAGAUUUAAGAAGAUCAAAAGAUUAUGAAAAAGAAAACAAAAGGAAACAAGAAAAAGACAAAGUUAUAGAUUCAGAAAUGGGGAAGAAACAAGAAACAAAUGCUGCUGACGAGGCAUUAGAAAGACAAAAUCGAACUGUCGAGUUAUUAACAUCAAGGACAGGUGGUGCUUAUAUUCCACCUGCAAAAUUACGUUUGAUGCAAGCUGAAAUCACCGACAAAUCUGGAGCUGCGUAUCAACGUAUUGCAUGGGAAGCUCUUAAAAAAUCUAUACAUGGUCAUAUUAACAAAGUUAAUAUUAGUAAUAUUGGACUUAUUACUCGAGAACUUUUAAAAGAGAACAUUGUUAGAGGUAGAGGUUUGCUUGCUCGAUCUAUUAUUCAAGCUCAAGCAGCUUCGCCGACUUUUACAUCUGUCUAUGCAGCCCUCACAGCAAUUAUUAAUUCUAAAUUUCCCAAUAUCGGUGAAUUAAUACUGAAACGUCUUGUAAUACAAUUCAAACGUGGUUUUAGAAGAAAUGACAAACCUCUUUGUAUAUCUUCGGGAACAUUUAUCGCACAUUUAGUAAAUCAAAGAGUAGCGCACGAGAUCUUAGCUUUAGAAAUUCUGACUUUGUUAGUAGAAACGCCAACAGAUGAUUCUGUAGAAGUGGCGAUUGCAUUUUUAAAAGAAUGUGGAAUGAAAUUAACUGAAGUUUCCAGAAAGGGUAUAGAAGCUAUAUUUGAAAUGUUAAGAAAUAUAUUACACGAAGGACAAUUAGAUAAAAGAGUACAGUAUAUGAUCGAAGUCAUGUUUCAAGUUCGAAAAGAUGGUUUUAAAGAUCAUGAGGCUGUUCCAGAAGAACUUGAUCUUGUGGAAGAAGAAAAUCAAUUUACUCAUCUAGUGACGUUAGAUGAAGCAACUGAUUCCCAGGACAUAUUGAAUGUUUUUAAAUUUGAUGCAGAGUACGUAGAUAAUGAGGAUAAAUAUAAACAAUUGAGUAGAGAAAUAUUAGGUUCAGAUGUGAGCGGUUCAGAAAGUGAAGAAGACGACGAAGAAGAAUCCUCAGAUGAAGACAGCAGCACUGCUGUAGUGGAAGGAAAGGAGGAUGUGAUUGUAGAUAGCACAGAAACAAAUUUAACAGCACUUAGAAGAACAAUAUAUUUAACGAUACAUUCGUCGCUAGACUUUGAAGAAUGUGCACAUAAAUUGAUGAAAAUGCAAUUAAAACCUGGCCAAGAAACUGAACUUUGUCAUAUGUUUCUAGAUUGUUGUGCCGAAAUGAGGACAUAUGAAAAAUUUUUUGGGCUUUUAGCCGGCCGGUUUUGUGCCAUUAAUAAGAUAUAUGUUACACCGUUCGAGCAAAUAUUUCGAGAUUCAUAUCACACAAUACAUCGUUUAGAUACAAAUAAGUUACGUAAUGUAUCAAAGUUCUUUGCACAUUUAUUGUUUACUGAUUCUAUAUCAUGGGAAGUGUUAUCUUGUAUAAAAUUAACCGAAGAAGAUACUACAAGCUCUAAUAGGAUAUUUAUCAAAAUUCUAUUUCAAGAACUAUCAGAGUAUAUGGGACUAUCUAAAUUGAAUCUACGUGUUAAAGAUGUUACAUUACAACACGCAUUCGAGGGUCUAUUUCCCAGGGACGAUCCAAAAAAUACCCGAUUUGCUAUCAAUUUUUUUACGUCCAUCGGUUUGGGCGGACUUACGGACGACUUAAGAGAACAUUUAAAAUCUCAUCCAAAACCCACAAUAAUACCAGCUCUGGAACAGAAACCUGAAAGUGUUUCAAAUUCUGAUGAUUCUUCUACUUCUAGUUCAAGCACAUCCUCGUCGUCCUCUUCUUCAUCUUCAUCUAGUAGUUCAAGUUCAGAUGAUUCUGAUAUAUCUUCAGAUGAACAAACGAAAAAAGAGAAAAAGAAGAUGAGAAAAGAAAGGAAAAGAAAACAGAAUACAAAAGAAACCAAAAAGAAGCAUAAGAAGAAAGAGAAACAUAAAGUGAAAAAAGCUAAAACUAAAUAACAUUUAUUGUAUAAAUAAUAAUCAAUAAAUAUAUGUAUGCUCCUACUGACACUAUCAUUUUUCAUAUCUAUAAGAUAUUUGUAUACAAAUAUAUUACAAAUUCAAAAAAGCAUUUGAAUGCUUGAUAACAUGUAUAGGUACAUACAUAAAAUAUUCCUCAAUUUCAAUAAAUAUAUUUUUAACAACAA